UUUCCUCGUCCAGUCAGAGCGCUUAGAGACAGCUAGAUCCAUAAUGCUCUGAGUUACUGAUGGAAGCCUGCAGGAUACACUGUAUCCUACAGUAAAACUAAUUUCAGUGCGCUACUACCCAGAAACAUGACCUACUUUGAGUUCCCAGUAAGCUGCUUCAAUGUAGGUCUGUAGGUGGUGGCAACCUUACAUUCGAGACAAGAGGACUCCAAGGACGGCCUGAGUGCAAAUGAGACACCUGACGCUUAUAGGUAAGCAGCAUAAAUAAACAUGAAUUCCUGAAGACGAGACUUAAUUAUCUCAGAUGGAUUCGAUGGCCUGGAAUCUCAGAGGAGCCUCUCUCAGUCAAGCUGACAGGGGAAUGCCUGGGCUCACUGUACGACUGGGAGCUACAGACGACAGGGCUGAGACACUAGAAGUUCCUUUAUAAUACAGAACAAUACUGAAUGUUCAACCUUGGAGGAAAGCCACUGAAAACCUUUGAGGAUGAGCACUGGACUGAAACCCUCACAUUACAAUCAAACAAACCCGAGUGCAUUAUGGAUGUCUCCACACCUUUUCAAGAAUGACACAGUUGGAGUACUAACAAAUGAAGACAAGAGGUCUUUUUGAUCAUGUAUAGAAGACGGUUACUAUAGACGCGGCGGAGGCUGCAGAAGCAGAGAGGAGCACCUGUGAUAUGGGAUUUCAUGUCUUUUUCUAUGUACCCAAUGUAAUUGGUUAUAUCCGGAUUCUUCUUGUUCUCAUUGCCUGGAUUCUGUAUAGUGACCCAGGGAAUUUUGUACCCUUGUAUAUGUUAUCAAUUAUAUUGGAUGGGGUGGAUGGCUGGGUGGCCCGUCGGCUGCAGCAGACCUCCAGGUUCGGAGCGUGGUUGGAUGUGGUCAUUGACAAUGUAGGACGUGGCAUGCUCUGGAACAUGCUUUAUGAUUGGGGCUGGCUGGUGUCUUCAGUGGAGUGGUGUGUAUUUGUGUGCAACCACAAUGCCAGAGGUGCCCAAUGGAAGAACUCGUUCACAGAGAGCCCGGUUUGGGUGCAGGCAGUGAUGGCAAAAGGCUUCAAGACUCCUUUGGGCAUUCUGACAAUAGCAGGGCUCCAUGUUUUACCCAUGUGGCUGUAUGGCUAUCAGUACGAGGUGCUGUCGCAGACUCUCUUUGCCCCAAACUGGUUACAGGUUCUGGGGAUUCUGGUGCUGACAGCAGGACGCUUACUGGGCUUUGCAGUUGAGAUGUGGUGCAUCGUAACCCAUUUGAGAUUCUUAUUGGAUGAAGAGGAAGAAAAGAAGAGCUAGGGAUCUCUAAAGGCUCAUUUAGGGUGUAGUAAGGGUUUCAGAUUGAAAUUCAUAUUUUAUGAGGCUUCUGGUCUA